AUGCCUCCAUCCAUGGAAAUACGAGCCCUUGCGGCAGAGGUGUCGUGGAAGCUGGCUGCAUCCAAGGUCACCCAUCCGGUAUAUCAGAAGGUGCCGCAUGGAUACCGCAUUCUGCGGCGAGACCCGGGGCCAGCAAGUCCUGACACUGCCUUUGACAGCGCAUGUGACGUCUUUCCACCAGAAGUGAUACUGGACAGAUUCUGGAUGUUGGAGAGAUGUUGCCGCUGCCAAACAAUCGUGGCACAGCUUCUUCGGCAGGUGCACCUGUCGUGCGCAGAUCCGGACACGCAAGAGCUCUUCACGACCAGCAUGUAUAAUACCGCUACAUCACAAGAAGCUGUAGCCUCGAUGCCGCUUAAAGUACAGCAGUUGCUGGGCAUCGCCGCGGGCAUGCCAGCGGCUGAGUUGGAGCGCUUUCGACAUUUAGCAGAGCACUUGAGCAUUCCAAUCGAUGGUCCCGCAUUGGUUGUGAGUUGUCGUCAGCGUGCCCCUGUUUACUCAAUAGAGACGGAAGCAACAAGCUUGUUGCCAAGCCCUUUGGAGCACAAGUUGCAGUUGAGUCGAAUGGUGGACGAGCCAUUCAACAGCGAAGAGGGGCAGCGCAUUGCACGAUUUCCUGUUGAGUUUCUGCCUUUCAGCAACGAGAAGCUGAAUCCGGAGGUCACUGCCACCGACGAGAUGUUGCGGAGGCAUAUCCAGUUUUUGAUGCAUGACAAACCCGUGCUGGACUCGCUUGUGGAUAGCAUCUUUCUCAUCGUUGCCGAGCAGGACAUCAAGGCUAAGCGGCACUCUCCUUCUGCAGUCAGGCUGAGUGGCAUCGAGAAACGACCAGCCCUGAAUGGUUCUGCGGCAAGAGUUGUCAUGGUCGUCGAAGACAGAGUUGCUGUUGCCCUCGAGACUGGAGAGAAGAUCAAACUACUGCCGUCCAAGCUCAAGUUCGACAGCGGAACGGCCCGCCAGUGUCUGACAUUGAAAGAGAUGAAGCAGGAGCUUGAUGAUGCAUGUCGAGAAAGCACUCCGCCAGCUCCCCUCAAAGCGGAUGCCAAAGCAAUGAACAGAAUCAGGGCUUACUUCAGCAACGAUGCCCACGGGCAGAUCUUCUUCGCAAGGGUGAUCCAGGCUGGGAACGUCGGACUGACCAACGUGACAGACCCAGAACUUCUGCCUGCAUUUCGGACGGUCGUGCGCCUGCGGGUAGCUCAAGUCUUGAUGGGGAGUCCGGCCCAGCAGCGCCAGUGGGAGUCCAUCUUGCGCCUAAGCGAGCGGAAGGAGUUUCCGGAAUUCCGGCAACUGAUAUUGACUUUGCGAGGAGGACUUGGCCCGGAAGAGUUUGUGAAACGCCUGGCAGAAAAGCCGGCUUUCGAGGAGAUGUAUGAGGUCGCUUGGAAGCCGGUGGGCGAGCAUCAUGAGCAUCAUUGGGGCCCAAUCGGAGCCGGGGAGCGAGCAUCAGGAGCAUCAUUGGGGCGCCGCGGCACUUGGCACGUCGUCUCGGCGCACGAAGAAGGCAGUCCGGACGGCUACGGACGCCGGGUUCAUCGAAAGUGGCGUCCGAGAGCCAGCUUCGGAUUGGCGUGCGCGCCGGCGCGCGGCGGGUACCUGUUGUAUGUGGCAGGGGGCGAAGAUGCCUCGGGCCAUCGCCUAAGCGACGUUUGGGCCUCCCAGGAUGGUGGAGCGCACUGGCGCUGCAUGGCCCAGGAUGCCCCAUUCGGCGCACGCGCUAGCCCAGCCCUGGCUGCGGUGCCGAAGCGUCCGGAGAGGGUCAUCCUUUGCGGCGGCAUGGCGGCGUCGGCCGAGCUUUGUCUGGACGUGUGGGUCAGCGAGGAUGCAGGCUACAGCUGGAGCCAACUCGAUCGACCUCCCUGGGCCCACAUCACCGGCCGAUUUCGAAGCGCCCUGCUGCCACUGCCUCCGGCUGCCGGUGAGACGGCAGAGUUCAGUCAAACCGCCAAUGUGCUGCUGGUAGGUGGAUGUUUCAUUGAUGGGGGCGAUGGCGCUUACGGCGGCUUUGAGAGACUGAUGCACGAUGUUUGGGAAGGCCGCGUCAACUUCGGCAAGAAGGCAGCGGAGUGGAGAAGCUGGGGUACUCAGACGGAUGAUCGUGGAAGGCCUUGGGCGAAGCUUGGGGUGGAUAACGCUAGCUGUGCCAGUGACGGCCGACGCCUGGUGGCCCUACUGCCAGGGCGCCCGGCCGUGUCGGAAACACCACUGCAGCGACCCACAACAGAGGUCGAAUCGUUGCAAUGGCGGGCUUCUCAGGAAGCCACUACUUUGCCGAGGGCUUUGGGCGCUGCCUGGGGGAAAUCCAUCUCAGCAUUUGAUGGACCCUCCCAGUGCACUUUGCGCAUCGCCACAUCGCGGAACUCCCUUCCGCGACUCUUGUUGGCUUUCCCCGAAGGUCUCUUGGUGUCCGGACCAGCAGAGUGGAGAAGGCAGCUGAUAUUUCUUCUUCUGCUGGGCCUGCGGCUUUCAAACCGCUACCAGCUUCCUGAGGAGAUCUGGAGGAGGAAAGUGCUUCCGGGAGUGCUUCCAGCCAUCCCGCAAUCGGCAUGA